AAACUUUUGAUGCUGUUUUACAAAUAAAUAUUACAUCUUCCAUUGGAGGAUUUGGAUAUUUUAGAUUAAAUGGGAUUGAAGACUAUGAAUUUAUUGGAUGGGGAGGAUCAGGAGGCAGUAUGCUUCUUUGGAAUCCGGAGUUGAAGGUUGGUUUUGGAUAUUGUAUGAAUGCAUUUCAUACAGCUUUGUCCGGUGAUAAGAGAAGUUUGAGAAUGUUACGUGAAGUUGUUGAUACCGUCAAAAAUCUUAAGAAAUUAUAA